GUGUAGCAGCAUGUACUGAAGUUGUGCAAAUGCAGAAAAGCUUCUGAGUGCUCUACAGUCAAAGACAGUCUUGCAGCAUGCACAAAAGCGGUCCGCUCAGACCCUGCGCUCUCUCUGGGCCUACCUCCACACCGCCCGCACAGCCUUCACAUGGCCUGGCCCUCCCAUGGCUCCAGGACAUUCUCUACACACUGGUCAGUGUCAUCUUCAUCUCGGGGACAGCACAAAGUCAUCCGCUUCGCCAUCAGCAAGAAAUCAGCAGGGAGCACGCACUCAAGAUAGCAGCCAUCAUGACGAGAGAACUGCCGACUAUCUACGCAAACAUGUUGAACGGAAUCGGGCUCGAAGGUUUCAACCAGAACUCUAUCUGCCUCCCUGACACUAUUAGACAUCAACAGGACUGGAAUCGGAAUUCAUCUGUGGCUGGGAUCAGGUUCUGUCUCUACAAAAAAUGCUUGGACAACUUACAGAAAAGAGGCCUGAACCAAGGCAGGAUGAGUUUGAACAAUACAUCCCAGGGUUUGAGGAAUCUGUACGAAACCAUCUUUAAAAUGGAGGGUCAACACAAGAGCUGCGGGGAACCUGAGAUCCCAGAUUCCUCCUUCUGGACUUCGGAGGUGGUCGGAGGUGCUUACGUGGUUCGCGAUCUCAUGAUCGACCUGGACUAUUUGCUUCAUCAGCUGGAUAGCCUGUCUCUGGUCCAGUCCACUCACAGCUAA